UUUCGACCGCCGUUUUUUCGAAAGGGAUGGAAUUUAAUUCGAAACAUCGAAAACUAUCAAAAAGCAAAAAUUCUGUGCGUACUGCAACAGCUACUAAGCCACGUUUAACAAAAAGGAGAAUUAUAGCUCGAAAAAGAAAAUGUGUGUGUCUCCCUGAAAAUUAUUCUGUAGUUGAAUUUCCGGCAAUAUGGAACGAGUUAAGACAAAACGGUCAAUUAUGUGAUGGAGUAAUCGUUUGUAAAGAUAAGAAAUCUAUUCAAGUACAUCGAGCUAUACUUUCAGCAGUUAGUCCUUAUUUUAAAGCAAUUUUUGUAAAUUCAUUAAAAAAAGGUAAACCAGAAGAAACAGAAAUAAUCGUAGACGUCCCUUCCUAUUAUAUGAACUUAAUACUUGACUAUGCUUAUACGGGGACAUGUGUAGUUACUGCUGAAAAUGUGGAAUAUUUAUUACCCUACGCUGAUCAAUUUGAUGUCGUUGGGGUUAUACAAUUAUGUUGCCAAUUCCUUUUACAAGAAUUACGACCUCACAACUGUCUUGGAAUAUUUAAAUUUGCCAGGUGUUAUUUCUGUAGUGAGCUAGAAAAUAAAGGAAAGUUGUUCAUAAGACAAAAUAUUGCGAGAAUAUUGAAAGAAUGUAGUGAAUUCAAAUUACUAUCUCACGAAGAACUGGAAGAUAUAUUACGCGACGAUGAAUUAAACGUUAGAAAUGAAGAAAUAGUGUUUCAAGCUGUGAAAAUGUGGGUAGAGCAUGACUUAGAAAAUAGAAGAAAAUAUAUCCCAUCAUUAUUAUCUUGCGUGCGCUAUGGUCACAUCGGCUACAAAUAUUUUAAGUCAAAAAUUUUACAGUGGCAGCCAGUCAUUGAUGACGAAAAAUGCCAGGAAGCGUUGUAUCCAGCUGUAGUAUUUCUUACUGUUUUGGACUCGAGGCCAGAUGGGGAAGCUGAUCUUAACGAUCCCUUAGCGAGACCACGAAUUCCUUACGAAAUACUUUUUGCAGUAGGUGGUUGGAGCGCUGGCAGUCCAACAAGCUUUGUUGAAACUUAUGAUACACGAGCGGACCGCUGGUUUCUUUCUAUUCAUAUGGACUUAUCACCUCGUGCUUAUCAUGGACUGUGUGCAUUGAAUAAUUUAAUAUAUAUGAUUGGCGGAUUCGAUGGCAGCGACCAUUUCAAUACCGUUCGAUGUUACGAUCCGGUUGCCAACACUUGGCACGAACGAGCUUGCAUGUAUCAAGCAAGAUGUUACGUCAGUGUUGUCGUUCACGAUGGGUUAAUAUACGCAUUAGGUGGUUACAAUGGACGUACUCGUAUGUCUUCAGUCGAGCGCUACUAUCCACAAAAGAACCAAUGGGAAAUGACAACGCCAAUGAAUAAACAACGCUCUGAUGCUAGUGCGGCUUCACUUGGAGGAAAGAUUUACAUAGUAGGAGGUUUCAACGGUCAAGAGGUAUUGAGUUCAGCUGAGAUUUUUGACUCCGAAACUAAGCAAUGGAGUUUCAUUCGGUCAAUGCUCAGUCCACGUUCGGGAGUCAGUCUAAUUGCGUACAGAGACUCAUUGUACGCUUUGGGUGGAUUUAAUGGUUACAGUCGUCUUAAUACUGGGGAGCGGUUUUGUCCGCAGCGCGGUAGCGAAUGGCAGGAAGUGACGGAAAUGUUUAGUGCCAGAAGCAACUUUGCUACAGUCUUGCUGGACGACAUGAUUUUUGUAAUAGGAGGUUUUAAUGGUUCGACAACGAUACCUCAUGUCGAAUGCUAUGAUGGAGACACAUUGGAAUGGUACGACGCAGCUCCUAUGAACCUCACUCGUUCCGCUCUCAGCGCUUGUGUCCUCGCCGGUCUUCCUAACGCUCGAUCAUUCUCAUACCUCGCAAAAGCCGUGCCAGCAGCUGGCGCAGAUCAAGUAUAUCAUUCAUAAAAUUAUUUCCAAAACGAUGAUUAAAUUUAUAGUUUCUGUUUAUUUAUGUCCCGUUCUGAAAGAUAAAAUUUAGGUCACCCUUUUUCCAUGCUCAAAUAAUUUAGUAUAGAUAGGACAGAAAUAAUUUAUGGAAUUCUUCUUUUAUUAUUAUAAUGCUUAUUAUUGAGACUAAUUAUGUGCCUAUUUUGCUAAAACGUAGCCGUCUCAGCAACUGUGA